AUUCAAUGCCGCGCGUUACCAACGCAACAAUGGCGGCUUCCUCUGCCAGUGUGGAGGGUGUAAUAGGACCAUUAGGCAGCUGUUUAACUAAACUAGGGUUUGAAGUGUACCCUCUAAAGGUAGGCUGGUAUAACUCAGUGUUGCCUCCUUCCUUUCACCUGCCUUACCCAGAUGAUGCCUUGGCCGUGGUGGUGCUCAGCACUCCUGCUAUGUUUGAACAAGCCUUCCUGCCCUUCUUGGAGCACAGCAGCAUUCAGAAGCCAUCCGACCCGAUAGACCAAUGUGUCCGGCACUGUGUCUCCACUGCAGUCUCACAGAGUUUUCCAGAACUGAAGGUGGACGUGAGGUUCGACUACGAGCUGCUGCCAAGCAGGAAGCCAAAGUUCUUGGCGCAGACCGCUGCACACGUGUCUGGAGCGGCGUUCUACUACCAGCAGUCUGAUGUCGCAGACCAGCCCUGGGCCGGAAGAAAGAUGUUUGGAGUUUGCAUUCAUCCGAGCUUCGGCGGCUGGUUUGCCAUCCGGGCCCUGCUGGUGUUUGAGGAUGUGACGGUGGGCUCUGAGCUGGUGCGGCCCGAUCCUCCGGACUGCGUUGCUUCCAGAGGAGACAGAAUCAAGCUGCUGGAGGCCUUUAACUUCCACUGGCAGGACUGGAGUUACCGAGACAUCGUCCCCGGGCGACAGACCUACUCGGAGAGACAGAGGGAGUACUUCUCCACUCCCCCGGCUCAGCGCCUCGCCCUGCUCAGGAGUUGGGGUCUUUUGCCAAAAGAAGAGGUCCAACCUGACCUCAGCCCACACGAGCAGAACCAGGCCAACGGACACGGCUGACGCCUGGGCCUCCUGAGCCGAACCCUCUGCUGCUUUCAUUUGUUUUCAUUCAACCCCAACUGAGUUUGAGACUGGGUUGGGGUUUUUUUUAAGCUCUUACGUUUCCGUUGAAAGUCAUUUGAAGCUGGAGGAGGAUAUUUUUGUGGAGAUGAUUGUGUUAUGAAUGUUUAUUAAGUAAAUGUGCUCAGAAGACGUUGCGGCCGGUCGACGCACUUUGUUGAAUUUACCCAAGACGGAUCGAUGGAUGAUUUGUGCAUACAAUGGAAGACCUUUGCAGUUUGAUUAUUGUAUUAACAAUAAUUUAAAGUUUAACUUAGUAGUUCAGUGAAUAACAGUCUUUUUUCUGCAGUUGCAACAAACUUGACUCAAGAUGGUUUAUCAACUGGACACAUAGCAGCAAAUUUAUGUGCUGCAAUGUCCCAGUCAAAGUCCACAACUCAGCCGAAUUGAAAUACCGUGACUGGACCUCGAGCAAGCAAGUUUCUCAAGCAAGAAACUAUCAAAAGAAAACCUUUUAUUCAGUAAAUAACGACAGCGUGAAAUGUGUGGUUUGUUCCUCGGAGGCAGAUUUUCUUUUUUCACUAUGACCCUGGAUGCUAAAUAUUACUGAAGCAUAAUUUCCUAAGGUAGAAUUUUCUGCUUAUGUUUGGUAAUAAAUUGAAGAGGAAGGCA